AUGGUCAAUUCGCUGGUAUGCGCCCAGACGCGGUCAAGGCGCCACGCCCCUAAGGUUCGCACGGGGUGUGUCACCUGUAAAGCGAGGAAGAUUCGAUGUGACGAAACGAAGCCAAGCUGCAAGAGGUGUACGUCGACAGGACGUCGAUGCGAUGGCUAUGUCGCCCUAAGACCUCUCCUCUUCGAAAUCCCGCAAGACAAAGACGAACGCUGGGGUUUCUACUAUUUUCGUGACAGAACUUCGAAGCAGCUGCUCAGCUUCGCCAAUCACGAUUUCUGGAGUCGCCUCGUCCUUCAAGCUGGCUAUUUCCGUGGUGUUGUCAGACAUGCGCUGGUUGCAAUUGCCUCCUAUCAUGAGAGUGUCGACCAUCCUGACAAGUUUCGACAGUUGGAUCGCCACCGCUUCGCCCUUUUGCAGUAUAACAAAGCAAUCAAGAGCCUUUUCGAUGCGGGAAGUCACACCCACGUGGAAGAUAUUCUGCUGGCGUCAAUCCUGUUCACCUUUUUUGAAAACAUUCGCGGGUUGUUAUCAAAUGCUCUGGUUCAUCUAAAUGCAGGCUUGCGAGUCCUUUCCGAAUGGCAAUCCUCGGACGGAUCUGAAACUAUACUCAAGCCAUCUGGCGGACUUAUUGAGGAGCAUCUGAAACCUAUCCUAAAGCAUCUCCAGAACACAGCUGCCACUUUGAUGCCGAUGCGACCAGAUCAGCCUAAGAUGUCCCAGACUGAUCUGCCAGAGUCUUUUCAAUCCUUAAAAGAAAGCCACUUCUAUUUCGAAAAGCUUGUCCACGGUCUAUGCAGCAGCCUUCAACACGUCCACGAGCGGAACGCGUGGCCAUAUUGUGAUUCCGGCAUAAUUCAACAAGGAAGAACACGUCUACGGACAUGGCAUGAGUCGUUCACAAAGUUUCUUAGCGAGGGGAGCCAUAGAAGCUGCAAUUGCACCAUUCCUUCAUCUUCUUUCCACUUUGAUAUUGGAACCUGCUAUCUGCAGAUGCAGUUUGGGGCCACCAUAAUACGACUGGAGUCGACGAUAUCUCGAUCGGAAAUGGUGUUUGACAACCAUUUACCCAAAUUCCAAGUUCUACUCGACCUGACCACACGACUUGCGGAUAUGCUCGAUAUGGAAGUGGCAGCUGGUGCUGAUACUUGUCUCGGCUUCACUGUAGAAUACCUUGCGGUGGCAGGCUUUAUUGCUUUGCGUUGCCGAGACCCUGUCAUCCGCAGGGGCGCAAUUCGUUUGAUGCGGCUUCGCUCUAGGACUGAAGGCAUCUGGCAAAGCGCCGUGGCAGCAGACCUGGCAGAAUUUAUCAUGACCCGUGAAGAGUCCGAGAGUACUAUGAACCAUCCCCGCAGGUGUCACGAUACCCCCGAAGAAAGUCGGCUUCAGCUUCUCUCAUCCAAUUUUCUGUCCUAUGAAGAGAAAAGCAAGACCUUCCAGAUGUGA